CAAAUUUUCUACGGUGCAUACUUGUAACCCAAAUUUUGAUUCAACAAACUGUCAAGAUUUUGUAAACAUUUAAAUAUUUUUUUUCAGUACUGCAUUGGAACACUUUUCUUUAUGGCACAUUCAAUAACGAUUUUGGUACAUCUUUUUUUCUGUGGUUUUAGAACUAUAAUAAAUUAAAAAACAAUAAUUAUGUAUAUAAUCCAAUGCGCAAGUGAAGAAUAAAAUAAGAAAUAUGACGUCAUAUGCAAAGAGUUGUUUUCCAAUAGCGUUGCAGUCUGUGAAGGAUGCUAUUUCUAAAGAUGGGAGUGGUGAUACCAAGGAAGCUUACUGCAACUACCUGAGCUGUCUAUUGUUUAUGGCGCAAGCUCUUAAAGAUGAAGCAUGGGACAAGCAAGAGUUAAAAGAUUUAGCAAUAGAAGAAUCAUUCAAACUUUUCAAACUAACUGAGCAAUGUUUAGAAAGAGCCCACGAUAUAUUAAAACAUCAGCGUCACGGACAAGAUGACACAGACAGACCACACAAAGAUCAUUCAUGGACUACUCCUCAUCCUGCACAAAGAAGACACAGCCAACCACCUUCAAUGUCUCUUACUCCACAAGCGCCCAGAAUAAACCGUACUGCUUCUAAUAUUGGUGGUUAUCAAACAAAUCAACCAAGAAAUUCAAGUUUGAAUGAUUUAGUGGCCUCUAUACCCUCCCCGCCUGGAGCUAGAUUGGUACCCACGAAUCCAAGUCAUCAAUCUGUUAACAACCAAGAAAUGUUUCAAGCCUACCAAAGAAGAAAAUCUUACCGUGGUGGGAAUAUACAACAAAAAUACGCAACAGCUAAUUUCAACUUGAGUUUAUUUCGAAAAGAAGCAGAAAAAAUGGCGUUGUCUAAAGCCAGAGAGAAAGCUAUUCAUAACAAGCUUGUUGAAAGAGAAAAACAAAUGAAAUUUGAAGCAGAAAGACGAUGGAAUAAUCGACAGAACAGAUCUUCCAGAGAUAAAGAUUAUCGUCAAAACCUACUUGCCAGUAUUCUGACGUAUGAAGAGGACGCUAAAUGGCCAAAAACAUUCAGAGACACACUUGUUAUAAAAAAGACUGAUACUGCAGUCAUUGUCAACAUUGUUCAAGCAGUACUGAUAUGUAAAGAACACCCUCUAGCGAAAUAUUUAAACGAAGUACAACUGAAUGCCUACCAAAAAAUAAAGAAACUCCUGGAAGAAGAUCUAACAAGAACGACGAGCAGCAGCGACCAUUUCUAUCUUUCACCCGUUGAUUCGUUUAAAAAAAAUACGCAGAAGCCACCACGCCCUGCAUUUCCUAAAGGCAAGCAAAUUUCAUUGGAUGAGCGUUAUAAAGAUUCGGAAGAUUCAUCAAGAGUUUUAAAUUCCGCAGCACCCUUGAAAUCACCACCUGCAAAUUCACCACCUGCAAAUUCAGAACAAUUAAAUUCUCCCUAUCAAUCAGAUUUAAAGUUUAGUACAUCAGAUAACACUUAUGAUAAUUUGAAAAAAGACCUAGACGGUGAUGUUGUUGUGGAACCUACAUCGGUUGAAACAGCGUUUGAUGAAAUGGAAGACGAAAUGUUUUCUUCCGAAUCUGAAAACGAAGACAACGAAACGUCAACGUACGUGCACAUGAAGAGUCCGAACAGUUCCACUGGAGCCGGUUCAGAACCUUGUUAUUUUAUGGUAGAUGGAAGUCUUGAUAAAAAUUCAACUUUAAAAUCGAAAAAUGAAAAUAAAAAUGAUAAUUAUGAAAAUACUUUAAAGUUUAAAGAUGUAAAAAAAGACGUAGAUGAGAAGAAAAAAGAAAGUAAAAAUAGUACUAAUACAGACGAUAGUGGUGACUACAUGGCGUUACUGCCAGUGCAGGAAGAUGUUUACGAAGAGUUAAGCGAUUAUGAAGAGUACGACGGUGACGCUAAAAAUAACGAAGGCGACGCUACAAAAAACAAUGGCGACACUGUAAAGAACGAUGGCGACACUUUAAAAAAAGAUGGCGGCACUCUAAAAAAUGACGGCGAUACUUUAAAAAAAGACGGCGAUACUGUAAAAAAAGACGGCGAUAUUGUAAAAAACGACAUGUGUGAUGAACUGGACACGGUAGACAACGAUAACAUUUAUGAAGAGAUCGAUGAAUUGCAACAGCGCGCUAGAGUUGAUUCGAAGAGGAAAGUAAUUCGAAAAUCAAGUACCGACUUGUUGCAGUUAGUUGACACAGAUUUUUUGAAAUUACAAGAUGACGUGGUGCAAGAUUUGUUGUUUGGAAUAGAUCGUCUUCACUCCGUUCUUUUGUUAACCUAUCAAGAAUUGGACACGCCCACUGGUCGUGAUCAGUCUUAUGCUACUUUAGAAACAAUCUUCUUCAAACCAUUAUGGCCAUGGAUUAUGAAGAUGUUUAGUAAACUAAAUGUUUACAAAGAAGAAGCACUUACUAACGUGAUGAGAAAGUAUAAAUCCUGUGAACCAAAGGAGAUGAAAAUCCGUGAACAGUUUGCGUUGAUGGACAGUGAAGAUAUUUCACAACAACGACCGUACCUUUCUGCAAUAGAAGAAAUAAAGCAAUUGUCAAAUUUGACUUGUCCCUUGGAGAAGCUGGAGUGCUGUGUGCGCAUGUCGAAAGCUGUGUGCCAUUGCGUGGAAACAUAUUAUCUGGCAAAAGGAGAGACGAAGCCACCCUCAGUUGGUUGUGAUGAUCUACUGCCCAUCGUGUCGUACGUUGUCUUAAAAACUCGCUCGCCUCAAAUUGUAUCUGAAUGCCACGCUAUGGAAGAGUUUAUGCAUGAAGGAUAUUUGAUGGGUGAGGAAGGGUAUUGUCUGACCACUCUACAUGCUGCUAUCUCCUAUUUACUAUCUCUCAGUAAAGAUGUGUAACAUGUAUAAAGAUUCGAACAUCGGAACAUCGUUUAUUUCGAACAAGAUUUAACAUGUUCUAUUUCAAAUUUUUUUUAUCCCCCAGAUAUUUAUUGUACUAAGAGCAUUGGUGAUUCGAAGUUUGUUUAAUUCGGACAAAGUUUGGCAAUAAUUUGGGCAAUUUUAGUAUCCAUAGCAACCGAAUUAUUGCUACGCAGAGAAUCAAAGAAGUUUGAAUGUUACUGCGCGUGUUGUACAGUGAGAAUGUUAAGAAAAUGUUCAAGUGCCAAAAAUUCUAUCAUACCCCAAAUUUAUGCUACCGAAAUCGGUCAAAAAUUCUUGAGUUUUGUACAAUUAUUUAGUUCCGUUUCAAAUUUAUAUUAAAUUUAUUCGAAGUUAUACUUUAGUUACAAUUCUUUAUUUUUAUUUUUAUUAUAUGAAAUUUAUAAAGAAUAUUUUUAUUUAUUCAAAUUAAAAGUCGCGUACCAUUCAUAUUUAAACAGCGCAACUUUCGCAUAUAUGUAACUAUCCCUGGAACAAAUUUAGUGCCCAUUUUGAUUUCAGUAGGCUUUAUGUUUGACAUAACGUUUAUUUCAGUUUUGAAAUAUUUUAAAUUUCCAGGUUCUGUUCCUGCGUUUUCAUAAUUUGAACUUUGAUUUCUGUAAGAACACAGAACUGAACAAUCAAAACGUCUUAAGCUUUUCCUAAGCUUAAGACGUUUUGAUUUUGAUUUCCAGUCCCAAUUCUUGUAAAACCCAGAAAUUCGUUCUAAAUUUUUGGCCAGUUGUGUAACAUGACAAUAUUUUUUUUAUUUUUUAACCCGAAGAAAAUAAAUGGUUUAGAUAGUAAUAAAAAUUUAUAACAUAUUUCAGUCAAAAUUAGAUAAAAUUGUACCUAAGGGUUUAUUGUACCUCUAGUGGUGUAUUUCUGUUACGUUUUUUACAUAAAAGUAUUCAGAGGUGUGUUUGGAUAGUGUGCUGUACAUAUGAAAAUAUUAUAAAUGCUAAACAUAGUUGUCUUUAA